AUGGCCAGCUCAAAUGGGAAAGUGGAAAAGGUUUCUAAAUUUGAGACGUUGAAACUUUUGGAGAAAUGCAGAAAGGAAAGAGACGAUGCCAUGCACAGGGAAAGUGUCCUCCGAGAGAAGCUGAGGCAGUACGAGUCCAGGAUGCGAACAACUGAGGCUCUGAAACAGAAAUGGAAGACUUUGACGAUGGACAACAAGGAGCUGAGAAAACAAGUGAAGUCUCUUCGUACUGAGAUUGGACUGGAGUGCAGCCCAACGUUCAAUGGAAAGACCACAAAGGACAUAAUCAUGGACUUGUAUGAAAAGGAGCGUGAGUGCAGUUCUCUGGUGGACAAGGCUGGGAAACUGAGUAUAACCAUUGAUGAUUUGACAUCAGAGUUGGCAAACACAGUCACCUCUAAAACACUGCUGGAGGAUCAAGUGCAGUCAUUGCAGCAAAAUCUCAAGGAUAUGACAAAUAACCAGCGGCGUCUACUAAAGCUGUGGGAAGACAAGAAGGUGCAGAGGGAGCAGCUUGCCCUCCCUGCAAUUAACCAGAAACACGGACAGAAAGCAGUCAUCCACAAAGCAGUUCAAACUGAGAUGUCCGUCGGCUCAUCUCAAAAGCUUCCAGUCAACGCCUUUGAGACUAAGCCAUUUGUUCGGGAACAUGACCGAAAGACUGUUUUGGAGAAACACAGCUUUCCAACUUACGGAAAUGCCUAUCACAAUGAUAAGAAAGUGUUUAUGCAUGAUGAAACUAAAGGAAUUCAAAACUGA